GGCAUUGGCGAAGAGGGAAAAAAAAAAAGGUUAGGAUAGCAAGCCCCUCCCAGGAUUCUAGGUAUAAUUGGUCUAAUUUCUAGGUUCAGAACGUACAAAUCAUACUAGAGUAUUAUAGAUUAGACCCUUUUGAUCUCCUGUGGUAGCCUUGGACUGACCGUUGCCAUGGCACAUUACAUCCGACGAUUAGCAGCAAUUACCAAUCUCAUCUCUAUGAAGUCGCAUGUGCAAGAGUCCCUUGCUUUGUUCACAACAAGACUUUUAUCAAACAGUUGUAGUCGUUACCAUUGUUCCUCUUGUUCGUCUGACCAGAAUGGUUCUGGGUUUGUCUCUAUUAAGCCCGAGGAUGAUGCUGGAAUCGUUCAUCAAGAAUUUCAGAAAUGGAAUAAUGGAGGUGGUACUUUCCACAAGUCAGCUUGCGUUGAUCCAACAGUUCACAUAGAAUUUGGCGCAGUAGUCCAUUCAGAAUCUGUGCUGGGUGCAAAUGUUCAUGUUGGAUCAGGAGCUAUAAUUGGACCUGCUGUCACAAUUGGUCAAUCAACGAGAAUAGGGUACAAUGUUGUGCUUAGUAAUUGCACAAUUGGUGAUUCAUGCGUAUUCCACAAUGGGGUGUGCAUAGGUCAAGAUGGAUUUGGGUUUUUUGUGGAUGAAUGUGGAGACAUGGUGAAGAAGCCUCAGAUCUUGAAAGCAAGGGUAGGGAAUCAUGUGGAGAUAGGUGCAAAUACAUGCAUGGACAGGGGCAGUUGGAGAGAUACUGUAGUUGGGGAUUAUACGAAAAUAGAUAAUCUAGUUCAGAUAGGUCACAAUGUAGUGAUUGGGAAGAGUUGUAUGCUCUGUGGACAAGUUGGGAUUGCAGGUUCAGUGACGAUAGGUGACUAUGUGACUUUAGGCGGAAGAGUGGCAGUUCGUGAUCAUGUCUCCAUUGUAUCAAAGGUCCGACUAGCAGCUAACAGUAGUGUCACGAAGGACAUCAGUGAACCUGGGGAUUAUGGUGGCUUUCCUGCUGUAAGGAUGUUGUUAUGUUCUUCAAUUUUCACUUGAUGUUGUGUUAUACGGAUUAAUAAACCCGUUAGCCAGAAGUUUUAGUUGUCUGACCCCUUUGGUCUAAUAUCGGAUUACUUCACGCAAACAUUUUUGUCGUAUUUUUAAUAGGUUCCAAUUCGGGAAUGGCGAAGACAAGUUGCUACUCACCGCAGGGCAUUGAAAUAAGAAACUCCUUUGUAUUUUAGAAAGAUAAAGUCAGCUGUACAAUUUGUUUAUUCUGGUAUUCUGAGGUUCUAGGUUGGGUCCCACUGCACUGAAGAAGGCAAGAAGUUGAUUGAAUUAAAGUUUAUGCAUCUGUAGACCAUUAAGCAGUGUAACAUGCUUAUUCAGUUACUGGGCCAGAUAUUUCCUCUUAUUGUUUGAUGCACCUAGGGAAUGCAUAUCAACUUAUCAGCAUUUUGUUUGCCAAUCUUCAUGUAGUCUCUGUU